UUUUAUAGUCUAAGGCUUAUACUCUUAAACUUUACUAUAGCUAGUAAAUAUUGAAUGUGUUGGUGUUCUCUUUCAAUUAUUAUUUAUUAUACAUCAUGGGAAUGAAUUAUGAGAGUAUGUUAACUCGAGGCUCUUUAAAAGCCAUUAUGAAUAACGAAGAAAUAAAGGAGCCAGUCAUGCAAGUUCUUGGCUCUCGAAAAAUUGCUGCAUCUGGUGCUGAUGAGAGGUAUCGUUUACUCAUUUCUGAUGGUUUGAAUCACAAUUCUUUUGCUUUAUUAGCGUCUCAACUUAAUGGAAUGGUAUCAUCUGGUGAACUUUCAGAUUUUGCUAUUAUAAAAAUUAAACGUCAUAUAAUUAGUAAUGUUACUGAUCGUACAAAAAGUAAUAAACAAGUUUUACUUCUAUUAGAUGUAUCAGUUAUGGUUAAAGGGAAUUUAGUUGGAGCAAAAAUUGGAGAUCCUAAACCAAUUGUUGAUGGGCAAGAUACUAAUAAAAAAGUUUCACAAGUUGUUGACGGGCAAGAUAAUAGUAAGAAAGUUUCACCAAAUGGUUAUGAACGCUCAGUACAAUCUAGUAUUGCGAAUAAUGAUAACAAUAUUCAUCCUAUAAAUUCAUUAAGUCCAUAUCAGAACAAAUGGACAAUUAGAGCGAGGAUCAUGAGCAAAUCCUCUAUUCGUACAUGGACUAAUCAAAGAGGAGAUGGAAAACUUUUUAGUAUGGACCUAGUAGAUGAACAUGGUGAAAUACGAGCUACUGCUUUUAACAGUGAAUGUGAUAAAUUCUAUGAUAUGAUUGAAGUGAAUAAGGUGUAUUUUAUUACUAAGGGUAUUGGUAUUGUUAAAACAGCCAAUAAAAAGUAUACUAACUUGAAUAAUGAUUAUGAAUUAACUCUUAAUGGUGAAACACAAAUAUUUCCUUGCCACGAUUUUGAUGACACUCAAAUGCCUACUAUGAAAUUUAAUUUUGUUUCAUUGAAUGUAGUUAAGGAUUUGGAUACUGAUAGUAUGGUUGAUGUAAUUGGAGUGUGUCAACAUGCAUCUGAUGUUGUUAAUCUAGUUUCAAAGACUACAAAAAAAGAAUUAAAAAAAAGAGACAUCACUUUGGUAGACCAGUCUUUAAGUUCUGUAACUGUAACUCUUUGGGACAAUCUUGCAGAAGAAUUUGAUGGAUCAUUACAACCUGUUGUAGCAAUAAAAGGAAGUAAAAUACGCGAGUUUAUGGGAAGUAAGUCGUUGUCUUUAAUGGGAUCAACAUUAAUGCAGAUUAAUCCAGAUAUUGAAGAUUCUCAUCGUUUAAGAGGUUGGUAUGAUGCUCUUCCUUCAACAGUAGAGUUUAAUAGUAUAUCUACACGUUCUGAAAGUGGAACUAAUUCACAAUUUCAUACUAUUAAAAGUGCUCAAAUUGCUCAGCUUGGCAGUGGAGAUAAAGCUGAUUAUUACAGUAUGUACUCAUAUUUAGUCUUCAUAAAAGGUGAUUCUGCACUUUACAAAGCAUGUCCAAAGGCUGAUUGUCAAAAAAAAGUAAUUGACAGAAAUGAUGGAACUUACCGUUGUGAAAAAUGUAAUGACGAGUCUGAAAAUUUCAAAUAUAGAUUACUUCUUCAAGCACAGCUGUGUGACACUACUGGUAGUCAAUGGGUAACUAUGUUUCAAGAAGCAGGAGAAGGAUUAUUAGGAAUAAAUACAUCAGAAUUAGGUAAAUUCUAUGAUGAUGACAAAGAAGAAUAUAACAAUAUUAUUCAUAAAAAGAUGUUCAAGAUGUUUGAAACAAGAGUAAGAGCUAAAUUAGAAACUUACAAUAAUGAAACUAGAUUAAAAGUAUCAGUGAUGAAUAUGAAGCCUGUUGAUUUCAAACUUGCAUCUUCUAAAUUGAUAGCUGAUAUUAAAAGACUUAGUGGAAUAGGUACUUCUACAAUGUAAUUUUUUUUCAUAGCAUUUUAAUUUUUUUAUCAUAUAAGAUGUCUAAAAUAUUUUUUAAUAAUUAAAACAUAAUAUGAUUAAUUUAUUUAAUAUUAUUUAUAAAAUAAACUUAAUUUUUCAUGCCUUAAAACAAAAUUUAAAAAUUAGUAGUAUUAUUAUAUAAUUUAUAGUAUGUCAGCAUUUGUGCAGCAGAUCAUCUACCUAAAUGCUAAUGAUUUUUUUCAAUUUAAUGUUAAAUAUUAUUUAGUAAUUACUAAACUAUAAGAGCUACAAUUAAUAAUUUCAAAUACUCUAAAGUAAUUAACUAGAUGUUCAUGUUACAGAAUGUGUUAAUUGCUUUCAUUUCAUUAUAAUUUAAUAUUUUAUACUUAUAUUUUAAAAAGUGUUCAUCAAAUUGUUCUAUUUUUUAAUAUUAAAGAUAGUGUCUUAAUCAUGGCUUCGAGUCUGAAUUAGACAAUAUUCAGAUCUUGUUGUAAUAUCUUAAUAAAUACCAAAAAUAUUUAAGAGUAUACAUACAUUUUUUAACUGUUAGAAUGGAUUCUAUAUCUUAAUAAUUGUUUAAUAUGUUGAGAUAUGUUGAUACAAGAAGUAUUUUACAAAAUUGUGUUUCUAAUUUUAAUUAUUAUUUAUGAAUUAUUUACAAUUUUUUUGUUACAACACUUAUAAUUUUUAUUAAUUUUAAGAAAUACUUAGACUUUCAUCCUAUACAUUUUAGUGAAUUUUUAAGAAGAUUUUAUACUUAAAUUCAGCCAAUACUCAUGGCAACAUUUAAAAAUGUAUAAUAUUAAUAGUAAUUCAGCAGGUAUUUGUGUAGCAGGUUGUCUACUUAAUAAAUAUAAAUAAUUUUCAA